CCCGCACCCCGGCCGUGUGCGCCUGACACCAGCAUCCUCCCUGCUGGGAAAGGAAGCAGUGGCCAUCUCAGAACGGCGGAGGCGGCCUGAGGCUCGCCCUUCGCGGAGGUACCCGCGGGCAGGAGGCCGCAGCCUAGACCUCCGACGCGCGCCUCGCCAACCGUCCGUCGCUCGUGCCGCUUCCACGGAGAGGUCGAGGCGCAGGGGCAGGCGUGGAUUGGCUGGCGGCGCUUUGGCCCGCCCCUCGGUGGCGCCCAUUGGUUGGGGCGGCGGCCGCUGGUUGUGGGGGACGCCCCGCCUUCGUGCCGGCCUUCAAGAGGGCGACGAGGAAGCGGCCACCUCCCUGCGCCCCGCCCCUCCGGCUUGCUCUGUGGCUCCCGCGGCUCCUCCCGGCUGCUCCCGGCUCCUCUCUGCCCUCUCCCGGCUUCCUGCGGCUCCGGCUUGGGCUUGGCGGCGGCGGGCAGUUGCAGUGGUGCAGAAUGGCGGACCUCAGUCUUGUAGAUGCAUUGACAGAGCCACCUCCAGAAAUUGAGGGAGAGAUAAAGCGAGACUUCAUUGCCACACUGGAGGCCGAGCCCUAUGAUGACACUGUGGGAGAAACUGUGGAGAAGACUGAGUAUAUUCCUCUCAUGGAUGGUGAUGAGAAAACUGGGAACCCAGAGGCCAAAAAGAAACCAUGCUCAGACACUAGCCAGGUUGAAAGUAUUUCAUCUUCUAAACCAAUGCUUCUAGCCAACGGUGAUCAUGGAAUGGAAGGGAAUAACACUACAGGGUCUCCCACUGACUUCCUUGAAGAGAAAAUAGCCUACCAGGAAUAUCAGAACAACCAGAACUGGCCAGAAGAGGCAAGCUUUUGUUUCCAGCCUCAGGGAGUGUUAGGUACUAACCAGACUGAUCCGUUUCAGGUGCACCAUGAUGAUGGCCUGGCAGAUCUGCUCUUUGUCUCCAGUGAACCCACAAAAGCUUCAGCAUUUAUGGAGCAAAGUGAUCCUCUGGAAGACAGUUAUGGUAUGCUUCCCAGUGACUCAUUUGCUCCCAUGGCUGUUGCAUCUCAGGAGUGGUCUGUGGAAGCCUCAGACUCUCCAUACUCAGAAUCCGUGGUUUCUCCAGAAGGUAGUAUAGAAACCCUACAGCCGGCAGCAGAGCGAUCCAAGGAAAUAGAAGUGGAAUCAGUAAAAGAGCAGCUGCCAAAUAAAGCAUUGGAAAUGAUGGCCGAAGAGAAGACUGCUGAUGUGGUGCCAUCUAGAAAAACAGAGCUAUCUUCAUCCACAGACAUGACACCAGGCACAGGACCCGAAGUGGCAUUUGCUAAAGAUACAGAAGAGACCAGGAAACCAGAUGUGAUGCUGUCAGAGGUCAUGCAGCCAUCCAGUGAAUCCGAUCUGUUCCUGGCUGAGGACAUGGAAGGACGUGUAGGAACAGAGGUGGCCCCUGUUAAGGAUGUCAUAUUGCCGACAGAAGAUGUAUCUUUGACCAAGGAUAUGGCACCUCCUACAGAAACUGAAAUGGUCCCAGGCAAGGAUGUGACACUGCCCAAAGAAACAGAGCUCACGUUUGCAGUAAAAAUGGACUUGGUACCACCUGAGGAUAUGGUGCUUCCCAAAGAAACAGAGGUAGCCCCGGUCAGUGUCAUGGUUUCCUCCUCAGCAAUAGAAGCGGCACUGGCAAAGGAUGCUGAGUCCUCUGCAGAAAUACCUUCAGCUGAGGAGAUGGACUUGUCCUCAGAAACAGAGGUGGGCUUGGCAAGGGACUUGGCACUGCCCUCAAACACCCUGAUGAUCUUGACAAAGGAUGUAACGUUGCCCUUAGAAACAGAGGGAUCUCUGGCCGAGAGCGUGACUCCAUCUCUGGAAAGUGAAAUGACCCUGGAUAAGGAUAUGGCUCCACCCCCUGAAGCAAAAUUGGACAUGGUCAGAGAUAUGACUCCACUCCCAGAAUCAGAAGUGUCUCUGGGCAAGGAAGUGGUUAUACUUUCAGAAACAAAGGCGACUAAGAGCAACAAUUCGACCCCUCUUUCAGAAAAAGAGGUGGCCUCAAUCAAGGACAUUUCUCUGCCUCCAGAAACAGAGGCUCCCCUGGCUGAGGAUGCCGUUCUGCUCUUAGGAACAGGGUUGACUCUGGACAGCAACGUGACUCCAGCCAAGGAUGUUGCACUACUCUCGGAAACAGAAGUAGCAGCAGCUCAAAUUAAAGACAAGGAAAAUGCACAGACCCAAGAACUAAGUAAAGACUCCCAGUUAGAAUCUGUCCAGUACAAGGGGCAGUCAGCAGUACCUUCUUGCAUGAUUCUACCAGAACCAGUCAAAGCUGCAGACCAAAAGUCUAACUUGCCAGUAGAUGAAGGUACUCUGUUAGAGACCUUAAAGCAGAAGGAAACCUCUGGCAGUCAGUCUUCUGAACUUUCUUCAGGAAUAACCAGGCAAGAAGAAGAAGGAAAGGCUGCUGUGGGUGUGACAGGAAAUGACAUCACUACCCCACCAAACAAGGAGCUACCACCAAGCCCAGAAAAGAAAGCAAAGCCUUUGGUCACCACUCAACCUGCCAAGACUUCAACAUCGAAAGCCAAAACACAGCCCACUUCUCUCCCUAAGCAACCAGCUCCCACCACUUCUGGUGGGGUGAAUAAAAAGCCCAUGAGCCUGGCGUCAGGCUCAGUGCCAGCUGCCCCACCCAAACGCCCUGCCGCUGCCACUGCUACUGCCAGGCCUUCCACCCUACCUGGAAGAGAUGUGAAACCAAAGCCAGUUACAGAGGCUAAGAUUUCUGAAAAGCGGACCUCACCUUCCAAGCCUGCAUCCACCCCAGCCCUCAGACCUGGACCUAAAACCACACCAACUGUCUCAAAAGCCACAUCUCCCUCAACUCUUGUUUCCACUGGGCCAAGCAGUAGAAGUCCUGCCACACCUCUGCCUAAGAGGCCCAUCUCCACUAAAACAGAGGGAAAACCUGCUGAUGUCAAAAGGAUGACUGCCAAGUCUGCACCAGCUGACUUGAGUCGCUCAAAGACCACCUCUACCAGUUCUGUGAAGAGAAACACCACUCCCACUGGGCCAGCACCCCCAGGAGGGACGACUUCCACCCGAGUCAAGCCCACAUCUGUACCUUCCCGGCCUUCUGGGGCAGUUUCUGUGGACAAGAAGCCCACCUCGGCUAAGCCUAGUUCUUCUGCUCCCAGGCUGAGCCGCCUGACCACCACUGCCUCUGCCCCUGAUCUGAAGAAUGUUCGCUCCAAGAUUGGCUCUACAGAAAAUAUCAAGCACCAGCCUGGAGGAGGCCGGGCCAAAAUAGAGAAAAAAACAGAGGCACCUGCCACAGCUGGGAAGCCUGAACCUAAUGCAGUCACUAAAGCAGCUGGCUCCAUUGCGAGUGCACAGAGACCGUCUGCUGGGAAAGUCCAGAUAGUCUCCAAAAAAGUGAGCUACAGCCAUAUUCAAUCCAAGUGUGGUUCCAAGGACAAUAUUAAGCAUGUCCCUGGAGGUGGCAAUGUUCAGAUUCAGAAUAAGAAAGUGGACAUCUCCAAGGUAUCCUCAAAGUGUGGGUCCAAAGCUAAUAUCAAGCACAAGCCUGGAGGAGGAGAUGUCAAGAUUGAAAGUCAGAAGUUGAACUUUAAGGAGAAGGCCCAGGCCAAAGUUGGAUCCCUCGAUAACGUGGGCCACCUGCCUGCAGGAGGUGCCGUGAAGACUGAGGGCGGUGGCAGUGAGGCCCCUCCGUGUCCGGGUCCCCCUGCUGGGGAGGAGCCGGCCAUCCCUGAGGCUGCGCUUGACGCUGGCGCCCCUACUCCAGCCAGUGGCCUCAGUGGCCACACCACCCUGUCAGGGGGUGGUGACCAAAGGGAGCCCCAGACCUUGGACAGCCAGAUCCAGGAGACAAGCAUCUAACGAUGACAUUCUGGUCUCGUCUUCCAUCCCCCCGUGUCCCCUUCUUGUCUCCCCUUGUUGCCCUCUCCCGUCCCUCCUCACGUGUCCCUGCAGAUUGAGACCUACAGGCUGACGUUCCGGGCAAAUGCCAGGGCCCGCACCGACCAUGGGGCCGACAUUGUCUCCCGGCCUCCCCACUUCCCUGGCUGCCCAAGCUUGGGGGCCCGG